AUGUUCCAAGAGCAUGAGAUCAUCCACUGCGUCCUUCCAGCAGUUGUGAACUACAACUACGAUCCCACCCAGGCUUGCAUCCGGAGGAGGCAAGUGCGCGUUGAGUUACAGCUCCUCAAAUUUCGCUUCGCCGUCGAUAGUGUCAUACUCUGGAGCGAAGAUGUCGGUCUUGGCGUCCGCAUGGUCCUUGUCUUCUCAAGGCAUGAUGAGCGAUUCUGCGUUUUCCGACGCUCCCCCAGAUACGAGGAUUUCUCCGUUCGGACCCAACAGCCGGCCUUGAAAAUCGCACAACUUGGCAUGGGACCCGGCAUCGAGUAG